AUGAAUAAAUUUACUUUAUUCUUCUAUGACAAAAAUGUGGAAGCUCUUUAUUAGUCUCAAGCACUUUAGCACUUUAGAAUUACGCAUUUUAAUUUGCUUUCAAAAGGUUACAUGGUUAAUUUUUUUUUUAGAUGCUUAACCUAUUUACUUAAUGAUGAAUUAAAACGAUUUUAUCAAAACAUAGGAAUGUUAAUAUUUUUCAUUGUGGCGGACAUUUUUUUAAACAGACACUUUAUAAGUUUGAGAAUCCUAUCAGUCAUUUCAAAUCACCUGCUGAUAAUUUUUUUUUAUUUAUUCGAUGAAGAUAGUGAUGCAGCGAUUUCUCAUUUGAAAGGAGUAAACUAGAUGGGAGCUAGUUUUCUUAUAACAAUAGGUACCGAGUUUCCAGAAGCAUCACUUCAGGUGAUAGUAAUUACAAUUAUCAGAAUUAUUUUCUUUUUGAAUUAGACCAAAUCCCUCAUCUUAUACCCUUUAGGAAGCAUGGUUUUUGUAACUAUUUGUUAAGUAUACUUUUUGUACAAAUACAAUGAGGCAAUGAGAGCACAAUUUAUGUUAAUUUAAAAAGAUAGACAAUGGGAAAGAAUCUUAGAGUAACUGAUCAAUAAGUAAUCCUAUAUCAUGUUAAACUUCAAUGAAAGUUCGUUUUAGUUCGAGUAUUUCAUGGCACGCAACUUCUCAAAUUGCUUCAAAAGUAAAGAAGAUAUAUUAAAUUUCUUAAAAGAAGCUUAAUACUAAAAAAACUCACUAAACAAUUAUAUAUAUGAGUAGAUGAAACAAUAUCAAUAAGAAAGAAUUGAUCUCUAUAAAAAAGAGAUCAUUGUUAAAUAAUAAAGGGAAUUAAUAAAAUUAGAGUUUUCGAUCUUUUUCGCAAACCAACCAACUAUUUUGAUUAUUUUUCAUAAACCGAAAUUAAGGAUAUAAAAUGCACCCCCAACAAUAGGUAGUUCAGUUUUUUUUUAAUACUUUGUUUAAUUAUUAAAGAGUUUAAAGAAACAACUAAAAUAAAAACCACAUUAUAUUACGUUUAUGAAACGGAUUCGUUUAAUCGAAAUACACCAUAACUUAUAAAAUAGUUGGGAAUAAACAAUAUAAGAAAUUAAUCUUUGUCAUGUAAUUUCAAAGCAAGCCAAAUAUUUUCCUGACAUUAUGGUAUAGAUCUAUAUAAAAAAUACAAUAAAUUUGAAAACAAAUUCAGAUAUUUUUAGUUUAGUAUUGUUUAAGUUAUUUUCUAAUACAAAUACCUAUAUAAUUAAAUUUAGGUACUCUUAAUUAGAAGAAGAUAGGAUUUAGUUGAUAGUUAGUGGGAAAUUUAAUUCUUCUGUUGUUCUUUCAUUUUUUGAACUUCAUAAGGAAUCUCUCAGCAGAUUUGUAAUUUUAACCUAAGCAACCUAAUAUGGUAAUUAAUCAAUAUUAGAUAUUCUAGUCAUUGGAAUGUCUUUUGAGUAAAACCCUUAUAUACCGUUUACUGGAAAAAAUAAGAAGUACAUAGAUUAAUAAAUUUGA